AUGGUGUUGUCAGACAAGGAGUUGUUCGAGUUGAAUAAGAAGGCAGCCAGCCAGGGCUACAAGAUUAAGCCAAGAUUGGACUACAACACUGUUCGUGGUGUCAAUGGUCCUUUGGUUAUCUUGGAAAAUGUUAAAUACCCACGUUUUAAUGAGAUUGUCAAUCUUACAUUACCGGACGGUUCUGUGAGACAAGGUCAAGUUUUGGAAGUGAGAGGUGACAGAGCCAUUGUGCAAGUUUUCGAAGGUACUUCUGGUAUCGAUGUUAAGAAGACUACCGUUGAAUUCACUGGCCAAAAUCUAAAGAUUCCUGUCUCUGAAGACACUUUAGGUAGAAUCUUUGAUGGUUCCGGUAGACCAAUUGAUAAUGGUCCUAGAGUUUUUGCAGAGGAUUAUUUGGAUAUUAAUGGUUCUCCUAUUAACCCAUAUGCUCGUAUUUACCCUGAGGAAAUGAUCUCAACUGGUGUUUCUGCCAUUGAUACCAUGAACUCUAUUGCUCGUGGUCAAAAGAUUCCUAUCUUUUCUGCAUCUGGUUUACCGCAUAAUGAAAUCGCUGCCCAAAUUUGUAGACAGGCAGGUUUGGUUAGACCAACCAAGGAUGUUCACGAUGGUCAUGAAGAAAAUUUCUCCAUUGUUUUUGCCGCUAUGGGUGUUAAUUUAGAAACUGCUAGAUUCUUCAAACAGGAUUUCGAAGAAAAUGGUUCUCUAGAGAGAACAUCUUUGUUCUUAAACUUGGCCAAUGAUCCUACUAUUGAGAGAAUUAUUACACCAAGAUUGGCAUUGACAACAGCAGAAUAUCUAGCUUAUCAAACCGAACGUCAUGUCUUGACUAUCUUGACCGAUAUGUCAUCCUAUGCAGAUGCCCUUAGAGAAGUCUCUGCUGCUAGAGAAGAAGUCCCAGGUAGAAGAGGUUAUCCAGGUUACAUGUACACUGAUUUAUCCACAAUUUAUGAAAGAGCAGGUAGAGUUGAGGGUCGUAACGGUUCCAUCACGCAAAUUCCAAUUUUGACCAUGCCAAACGAUGAUAUCACACAUCCAAUCCCUGAUUUGACUGGUUAUAUCACAGAAGGUCAAAUUUUCGUUGAUCGUCAAUUAAACAACAAGGGUAUCUAUCCUCCAAUUAACGUGCUACCAUCAUUGAGUAGACUGAUGAAAUCUGCCAUUGGUGAAGGUAUGACUAGAAAGGAUCACGGUGAUGUCUCUAACCAAUUAUACGCCAAAUAUGCUAUUGGUAGAGAUGCGGCUGCUAUGAAGGCUGUCGUUGGUGAAGAAGCUCUGUCAAUUGAAGAUAAACUAUCGUUGGAAUUCAUGGAAAAAUUCGAAAAAACUUUCAUCUCCCAAGGUGCAUAUGAGAAUAGAACUGUUUUCGAAAGUUUGGAUCAAGCCUGGAGUUUGUUAAGAAUUUAUCCAAAGGAAAUGUUGAACAGAAUUUCUCCAAAGAUUCUAGAUGAGUUCUAUGAUAGAUCAAGAGACGAAGACGAUGAAGAGGAAGAGGAAGAGGAAGGUGACAAGAAAAAUGGCAAGAACUAG